CAUCUCUGACAAUCUGAUUAUGUUUUAGAGAGAGGUUAUUAGUAUCCAUAUCGGUCAAGCUGGCGUGCAGAUUGGCAAUGCUUGUUGGGAGCUUUACUGUUUGGAACACGGCAUACAGCCUGACGGCAAGGUGAUCGAAGACAGCGCGAACAUCGGUGAUGACUCUUUCAAUACUUUCUUCAGCGAGACCGGAACCGGACGACAUGUGCCGAGGGCGAUUUUCGUUGACCUCGAGCCAACCGUCAUAGAUGAAGUUCGAACAGGACCAUAUCGCCAGCUAUUUCAUCCGGAACAGUUGAUCACCGGGAAAGAAGAUGCGGCAAAUAAUUACGCUCGCGGUCAUUAUACCAUCGGAAAGGAGAUAAUCGAGGUGGUGCUCGACCGUAUCCGGCGAUUGACCGACAACUGCACGGGUUUACAAGGAUUUUUGAUUUUCCACUCCUUCGGCGGUGGUACUGGCAGUGGCUUCACGUCGCUUCUCAUGGAACGAUUGUCAGUAGAUUACGGCAAAAAAAGCAAGCUUGAAUUUGCCAUCUAUCCGGCUCCUCAGGUAUCUACCGCCGUCGUAGAACCGUACAACUCGAUUCUGACGACUCACACGACGUUGGAGCAUUCGGAUUGCGCUUUCAUGGUGGACAACGAAGCAAUUUACGACAUCUGCAGGCGUAAUCUGGACAUCGACCGUCCAACCUACACGAACCUGAAUCGACUGAUUGGUCAGAUCGUUUCAUCGAUAACGGCAUCACUUCGAUUCGAUGGCGCUUUGAACGUUGAUCUCACGGAAUUUCAGACGAAUCUGGUGCCGUACCCAAGGAUUCAUUUUCCGUUGGUUACAUACGCACCUGUGAUUUCGGCUGAAAAGGCGUAUCACGAGCAGCUGUCAGUCGCUGACAUAACGAAUCAAUGUUUCGAACCAGCCAAUCAGAUGGUGAAGUGCGACCCACGUAGAGGCAAAUACAUGGCGGUUUGUCUGUUGUACCGUGGAGAUGUUGUUCCGAAGGACGUCAAUGCUGCGAUUGCUAAUAUCAAGACCAAGCGUGCGAUUCAGUUCGUCGAUUGGUGUCCUACAGGGUUUAAAGUGGGCAUUAAUUAUCAGCCGCCGACGGUUGUUCCAGGCGGCGAUUUAGCGAAAGUUCCUCGUGCGGUUUGCAUGCUAUCCAAUACAACUGCAAUCGCUGAAGCGUGGGCACGACUGGAUCACAAAUUCGACUUGAUGUAUGCGAAGCGAGCUUUUGUACAUUGGUAUGUUGGAGAGGGUAUGGAAGAGGGCGAGUUCUCCGAAGCAAGAGAGGACAUGUCUGCAUUGGAAAAGGAUUAUGAGGAGGUUGGCAUCGACAGUGUGGAUGCUGAAGUCGAAGGAGAAGAAUAUUAG